UUCUUCCCAAAAGCAUUUCCCUUUCCCCCUCUCUCAAUUUCCCUCCAAAAGAGAAAUUAAGAAUAGAAAAUGGCGGGAAGCCAUCUCUCUCAUCUAUAAAUAUCUCGAUCUCCUUCCAUUUCCACGGUUUCAAAUUCCCCGCCAUUUCUCCACUCUCUCGAUCCGUUACUCAAUCUAGGGUUUUCUCUUCUCAGAGAGAGAGAGAGAGAGAGAGAGAGAGAGAGAUGUUUUCGAGCCAGUACGAUGGUGCGUCGCUCUUUUCCGGAGGCGGUUUCAUGCCUUCUCAGGCCAAUCAAAACUCCGAUUCGGGUUUUUCUCCCGCUAAAAAUCGUGCCAAUCAGUGCUUGCUUCCGUUAACUGUGAAGCAAAUAAGCGACGCUUAUCAAUCAAGUGAUGAGAAAUCUAAUUUCCUCAUCGAUGGUGUUGAUGUCAACAAUGUUACGCUGGUUGGAAUGGUGAUAAAUAAAGUGGAGAAGGUUACAGAUGUCAAUUUUAGUCUUGAUGAUGGGACAGGGCGGAUUGACAUUCAUAGAUGGGUGAAUGAUGCGGCAGAAUCGAAUGAGAUGGCUGCUGUUAACAAUGGUAUGUAUGUUCGAGUUAAUGGUCAGUUGAAAGGGUUUCAGGGGAAAAGGCAAGCUGUUGCCUUCUCUGUUAGGCCUGUGACUGACUUUAAUGAAAUUGCUUACCACUUCAUUGAGUGUAUACAUGUCCAUCAAUACAACAUGAGGUCACAGGCCCAGGGUGGUGGCCCAGGUCAGGCCCAAACAAAUUCGGCCACGACCACCGCUUUUCAGAAUGGGUCGGUAGGUCAUCAAGCUGCUGUUCCAAAUCAAUUUGCUAGCAUGGCUGAAACUGGGACCGACUUUGAUCAAAUGGUGUUGGCGAUCUUUCAUGAACCUGAAAAUCUUGCAAAAGAAAGUGGGGUACAUGUGGAUAGAAUCGUGGAGCGGUUAGGGGUACCAAAGAACAAGAUCAUGCAAUCAAUCAAUUACCACACCGACAAUGGCAAUAUUUAUUCAACGAUUGAUGACUACCAUUUCAAGUCGACAAUCAAUGGUUGAUGACUGUGCAAGUGUCAAAAUCUCAUCCCUGGUGAAAGAAAUGCUCCUAUCAAGUCAAACAGCAUCUGUACCUACUCUCUCUCUAUAUAUAUUUUAUUAGAAAAUAUAAAACUUAUGGACGUAACAAGUCUACUGAUGGAAUCAAAUGUUUGAUGGCUUUGGUUUUU